ACUACAUACUACGUCCGUGUCUUACGCAAUGGAUCGACUUCGCACUCCCUCUAAGCCAUCUCCCUCACCCCAUUUAUGACGGACAUGACGUAGGUCUGGCUGUCAUUGAAGUGUUUCUCUCUCUUUUGAUUCGUGCUGCUCAGACUCAUUGUCCGGAUGAGCCUGCCCCAGAUUGCUCAUAACGGGCGGGUUUUGUAACUCGAGCCAUGGGGCCCAAAGUGUUCCUUCAGCGGUCCAAUUCCGAGGUGAAAUUCGACAAUAUCUUGUCGUUGUGCGAUAAAUAUGCCAAGAACUCCGGGGUGGAUCGGAAGACCAAGUGCGUCGUGCCCGAUGAUUCGUUGCCAGAAUCGUCCAGUCCGUCUCAUUGUCCAUCAUUGGGGAUCAUCCUCCUGCAAAUCUCGGAAAACUUGGCGCGAUAUCAAGAACAAAUCGCUCACAUCCGUGGCUUUGCUCAUUUGUAUGACUCUAAAACGGGCGUGAAGACCAACGGAUACCGUUCGUUUCUGAACGUGGCUGCCCGGUUUGCUCAGCAUCUGACUGAACCUUUGCUCAAGCUUAACAGCAAAGGCCCACAAAGAGCCACGGAAAGUGAUCUCAUGGAGAUGAGUCACCAUGACAAGUGCUUGAGAACCUUGAUCCAGAUCAAUGGCUUCCUAAUGGAGAUGCAUGAACUGAGCGAGGAUGGCGAAAUCUUUCCUACUCAGCCGGAUAUUCGCUCUCCAAAGGUCGAAGCUUUGUCUCGCAAAAUUGCCGAAGUUGAUACCUCGUGCUUCUACGGGAAAGGAGCAGCCUUUCACUUCAAAGGAAAGUUAUGGCGCCAUUUGAGAUUGAUGUGCUAAUGUAGCAUACGCACUUCCCAAUGGGUAACAAACAGCCUGGCCAAUCAUUCGUCUUUGAAGAUGGUGUUGCCACUUUGUUCUUGUACAUAGUACAGUAAAUCAUAGACUCAGCUCAGAAAUCCACAUCCGCCAUAACUUUCUUGUCCUUCUGAACAGGCGACUCCAUUCGUAUUGUACAGCCCCUUCUUCUUGCCAUGGCCUCCUUAGGCGAUGUCUUCUCCGGUUCGUUCCUCUCUUUGUUCCGCAAAGUCACAAACACGAUGUUUGGCAUUCGUUAUACCCUGGACUCGGACCUCUUGGCGGCCAGGGUUCUCGAAAAUGCCAAAGACAUGCCUGUGGAGUUUGUCAAGACGUUCUACAACAUGCCCGAAUUGGAACUGAUCCCGUCUCGUCGGAAGAGGUCUCCGGGCAUCAAAGCCAAUUACGUGAUCGAGAUCCCACCCGAGCCCAUGGCCGUUAUGAAUACUCAGGGCGCUGCGUUCCAAGUUCCAGUGCCCAAGAGCCAUCUUGGACCAGGAAAGGCCGUUCAAGUGCGACUGAUUUCUCCAUUCCGCUCAGAAGGAAUGAUUGGAAAAUGCAGCAAUUGCGUGCCAAAUGUUUGGCCCGGGAGCAACUGUAGUUGUCAGAUCACUCCCGAAUCCGAUGCCAUCUUUCUCCACCUUCAUGGAGGAGGAUUUGUGUCUCAGACCAGCAAAUCCCAUGAGCCUUAUCUGAAGGCAUGGGCCAAGACCUUGGGUAUUCCAAUUUUGAGUGUGGAUUACUCGCUUGCCCCUGAGGCUCCAUUUCCUCGAGCGGUCGAGGAAGUGCUCUUCGCGUAUUGUUGGAUGAGGAACAACUUCAAGCUUCUGGGAACCACCGGACGAAAGGUCAUCAUCGGUGGAGAUUCGGCUGGAGGGAACCUCUCCGUGGGUCUGAUCCUCCAAUGUAUUCAGCUGUCACUGCCCAAGCCCGACCACCUGGUGGCCUUCUAUCCGUCUCUGCUUUGUCAAAUGUAUCCAUCUCCUUCGCGACUCAUUUGCUUACUCGAUCCACUUGUCAUGUUCCCUUGUUUGCUCAGGUGUCUCAAUUGCUACGCAGAUCCUAACUACAUGAGCACCUGUCCGAGGACUUUCGUUCAAGAAUUGGAAUCUUGUCAGAACUAUACCGAUCCCCUUCUGUCGCCUUUGCUCACCUCCCCAGAGCUCUUGAGCCUAUUCCCACCUACGUCGUUGUUCUCUUCGGAUAUUGAUCCAUGCUUGGAUGAGACUGUUAGUUUUUCCAACAAGUUGAUGACAGCCGGAAUAAAGGUGACUCUGGAGGUUCUCUCUGGUCUGCCUCAUGGAUUUUUAAGCCUGACUGGCAUGUCAAAGGAUUGCGCUUUGGCCGUGGAACAUAUCACUGAGAAGAUGAGAGACAUCGUCCUCACAUGAUGAGCUUUCGAACCGCUCUGGCUGUUUUAUGUAUAACUAUCUACUUCGAUCAUUCAGACAAUGCAAUAAACAAUCUUCUUUUUAUCCUCUUAA